GAAACCGUGAAAAUAGGGGACAUUUCCUACAAACUAAAAACGCCACGCAACCCCGAACUUGUUCCUGUCAAACACAUUGCAGACUUUCUGCCCCAGGCUGUGGCUCAGCACCUGCGAUGGAUUAUGCAGAAAGACCUUUUGGGUCAAGAUGUAUUCCUCAUCGGACCCCCCGGACCCUUGAAGAGAACUAUCGCCAUGCAAUACCUUGAAUUGACCAAACGGGAAGUAGAGUACGUCGCUUUGUCCAGGGACACUACAGAGACCGACUUGAAACAGAGGAGAGAGAUUCGGGCCGGAACUGCCUUUUAUGUUGACCAGUGUGCCGUUAGGGCGGCCACUCAAGGCCGAGUUCUACUCCUGGAGGGUCUGGAGAAGGCGGAGAGGAACGUUCUGCCUGUCCUCAACAACCUGCUGGAGAACAGAGAGAUGCAACUGGAGGACGGACGCUUCCUCAUGGCAGCCGAGCGCUACGACAAACUGUUGCAGGAGCACACAAAAGAGGAGCUGGACGCCUGGAACAUUGUCCGCGUGAGCGAGGACUUUCGGGUGAUUGCCCUCGGCCUUCCCGUGCCCAAAUACAAAGGCAACCCGCUGGAUCCUCCACUCCGCUCUCGCUUCCAGGCCAGAGACAUCUAUUACCUGCCAUUUAAGGACCAGUUGGAACUUUUGUACGCGGCUGGACCGAACAUAGCAGCAGAGAGGGUGUCCCAGCUACUCUCCCUUGCGACCACACUGUGCUCCCAGGAAUCAGCCAACUUGGGCCUUCCUGACUUUCCUGUGGACAAUCUCCUACCUGGCCUUAAUGUUCUGAAUGUUUUCCCCAUGAUGUCUUCACAGCAGUUUGUUCAGAGACUUUACCCCUACCAAAGUAUGUUGGGCAAGGAUGGGCUAAGCUCUGUGGAGACUGUCCUGAGCAAAUUUGAGCUUCUGGAUGGCGGUCGCAAGACAUCAAGCAGCGCUGUCGUCGGUGUGUCCAGAACAAACACGGAGGGCGUUGCAGAUGUCACCUUGCGAGUUGCAGAUAAAGAUAUUACGUUUCAGGUCCCUGCAGGCACCAAGGAGCCUCGACCGCCCAACAGUAGCUCUGCCUUCAUCAGCACCCCGAGCCACACGCAGUUGAUUGCUGACAUGAUGCAGUCGCACAUGGUGAAGGAUAUGUGUCUCAUAGGAACUAAGGGUUGUGGCAAGUCGGUGAUUGCCAAAGAGUUUGCUGCCAUCCUGGGUUAUAGCAUCGAGCCUGUCAUGCUUUACCAGGACAUGACAGCCAGGGAUCUCCUCCAGCAGAGGUUCACGCUUCCCAACGGUGACACGGCAUGGCGUCCGUCGCCACUGGUCACCGCCGCCAUGGAAGGCAAGCUUCUGCUGUUGGACGGUAUACACAGGGUCAACUUGGGAACACUGGCUGUCCUUUCGAGAUUACUUCACGAUAGGGAGUUGGAUCUGUAUGAUGGCACCAGGCUGCUGAGGUGGGACAGAUACCAGGCGCUGAAAGAAGAACAGAACUUUACCGACGAGCAACUUAAAGAGAGGUCAAUCUUCGCCAUCCACCCGUCGUUCCGAGUGCUUGCGCUGGCUGAGCCUCCGCUGGUAGGCGCUAGCGCAAGUAAUAGCGGCAGCAGCAAUAAAGGUCAGCAGUGGCUGAAUCCUGAAUUGCUCACUAUGUUCCUGUACCACACCGUCAGCCCGCUGGCCCGAGCCGAGGAAGUCGACCUUUUGCAAGGACUGUCUCCAAACGUUCCAAAGGAGGCAGCUGAACAACUACUGCACCUCACGCACACCCUCCGACAAACAAAUGACCCUACGGCACAGUCCUUGGCCUCCUCCCUUUCCACCAGACAGCUGCUACGGAUUUGUCGCAGACUCUCUCGCUAUCCCGAGGAGAGCAUUGCGCACGCUGUCAACAAGGCUUGCCUUUCCAGGUUUCUUCCCAGCUUGGCCCGUGGUUCGCUCCAGAAAAGCCUGGCCAACUGUUCCAUAGAAGAAACUCCCGCCAAUGAACAUACACGUGACCUCUCCUGUAUGGUCAAAGACGGAGUACUAACUAUCGGCAAAGUGUCUGCUCCUGUCUACAGCCCAAAUGAGAAAAUGAAGGUUCCAGAUGUACUCUUCUACGAUAAUCCCCAGCACAUGACGGUGAUGGAGGAUAUGUUAAAAGAUUUUCUAUUGGGAGAGCACCUCCUUUUGGUAGGCAACCAGGGUGUGGGCAAGAACAAAAUAGUAGAUCGGUUCCUACACCUUCUGAACAGACCCAGAGAGUAUCUACAGCUGCACAGGGAUACCACAGUGCAGACACUGACGCUGCAGCCUUCGGUCCGAGACGGUAUCAUCACAUAUGAAGAUUCGCCACUGGUCAAGGCCGUAAAGAUGGGGCACAUUUUGGUGAUCGACGAGGCCGACAAAGCUCCCACAAAUGUCACCUGCAUCCUCAAAACCCUAGUGGAAAGCGGAGAGAUGAUUCUGGCUGACGGACGCAGAAUUAUCUCUGAUCCACUUGAAGCAAACGGGAGGGCUAACGUCAUCGCCAUGCACCCAGACUUCAGGAUGAUGGUGCUGGCCAACCGACCAGGCUUUCCCUUCCUGGGCAACGACUUCUUUGGAGCUUUAGGCGACAUCUUCAGCUGCCAUGCCGUGGACAAUCCCAAACCCAGGGCUGAGCUCGCCAUGUUGAAGCAGUACGGCCCCGGCGUUCCCGACAGUACUCUGGAGAAGCUUGUCGCCGCCUUUGGAGAGCUCCGGUCCAUGGCCGACCAAGGCACCAUUUCCUACCCGUAUUCUACUCGAGAGGUGGUCAACAUUGUCAAGCAUCUCCAGAAAUUCCCCAACGAGGGUCUAGCCAAUGUGGUUCGGAACGUCUUUGACUUCGACUCGUAUAACAAAGACACGCACGACGUCCUGAUCGAGGCGCUGCACAAGCACGGCAUUCCCAUCGGAGCCAAGCCCAACUCUGUCAAGAUGGCCAAGGAGUUGCCUCUGCCAGAAGCCAAGAUGACAGGGUUUUGGACGAUAAAUCAAAAAGGCAAUGCCCGGCGCAAAAUGCUAUGUCCUUCUGAGACGCAUCGCAUUGACGUCAAGGGUCCCGUCUACCUGCGUGUUCAAACCUAUCCGUGCAACAGGCAGGAGAGCCGGGCUUUGAGUUUCAGUGAGGAAAAAGCCCACUGGCAGAUACCCAUGAACGAAGUCAACAUCAUCUGCGAUGUCACUACUAAAGAUGGUAAACAUGACUGCUUAGAUAACACUCUAUAUGUGGCCACAUGUAACCCGGUUACGCUGUACUCUAUGAAGGAGCGCGGCGAUACUAUUCAGUGCGUGGAACUUUACGACAUCUUCCCCAGGACUCUCAGUGGGGUCUGGCAGCCCUUUGUUACUGUGGCCCCCCUUGGAAGUCCAUUGGAAGGCCAGGCGGUUUUGCACGAGGAACAGAGUAACACGGUGCUCCAUGUGGACAUGGCCACAGGUGCAGUGCGGAGGCUCAUGUUGUCAGCGGGUAAUGAGUCUCCCCCCAGCAGUACAUCUAAUUGGUGGAGCGGUAAAGAAACGCAGGGGGACUUUAAAAUGUGUGGCAACUUCGCCCACAAGAACUGGCUGCUGUUCUACAAGGAAUACGGCAAUCAGUUGGAGGUACUGGAUGUGCUGGAGGGCCAAGUUCACACCAUCUCACUGCCCAUCAAUCUCAAGUCCGUCUUUCUCGUGGCCGAAGACCGCUGGCUGCUCUUGGAGAACGACACAAACAAGAAGUUCCUGCUGACCAAGCCCAUGCACAUGGGGGCUGAGGAUUCGGGCGUUUGUCAGCUGCACAGCAUCAGCGAGGACCCUGUCAGCUCGGGACACGGGGCCACCAGUGCAGAUAACGUGUCGGUACCCCAGAUGCUAUCAUCUGAUCAGCUCCCCAACGAGAAUCUAAGCUCCGCCCUCAGUCAAAAGAUUGCCUCCCCGAAUCGCGUCAUGGCUGACACCGGCACCUUUGCACGAGUCAUUGUGGGCUUUCCAGACCUUAUGUCUCCCAAUGAAGUGUACAGCUUUACGAGGGCAGUCGACCUAUCGGAGAUGAAUACCAGCGACGGCGGCGCCCACAUGUUCCUCAGAGGUGGCUUGCGGACUUCCGUGGCCAAACAAAACAAUUGUGUUAGUUUGCUGUCAGCCAAUCAGGUCGUUCGGGCCCUUCCCCCGAGCAAGGUUCCCCUGAAAGAGGUCUAUCCCAAAGACGUGACCCCUCCGAUGACGGCGGCCUACCUGGAAGUGACUGAUCUCAACUCGAAAAAAGUCAAAUAUAUUCCUGUCCCGAGGUCGAUGUCCGUGUCACCCUACACUAACUGGCUGUCCAAGGUUUCGGAGACCGACGUCCUGAUGGCGCCGCUCGACACGGGUGGCGUGGUCACAGUCGACAUGGGAGGCCACGUGCGACUCUGGGAGACGGGAAUGGACACAUUGCAGCGGUCGCUGAUGGAGUGGAGAAAUAUGAUUGGCUCUGAGGACGGCAGGCCUGUGCAGAUUACCAUCCAGAGGGACAGCGGCUUGGAUGUCUCUGCCCCGAAACAUGGCAAGGUGGAUCCUAAGAAUGCACCCCAUGUGGGCGGAAACCAGUGGGCGGGUGGAACAGGAGGUCGAGAUACUGCAGGGCUGGGCGGGAGAGGGGGCCCGUAUCGCUUGGAUGCGGGACACAAGGUGUUCCAGGUUUCCCAGGCAGAGAAGGACGCUGUCCCAGAGGAAGUCCGCAAAGCUGCGCGAGAAAUAGCAGAAAAAGCCUUCAAAGACAGGCUGAAGGAGAUCGACAUGAGUGAAUAUGACGCUGCUACCUACGAGCGUUUCUCCAAGGCUGUCAGGAGACAAGUUCAGUCCCUGCGCACCAUCCUGGAGACUUUGCAGGCCAAAGCCAAAGAGCGCCAGUGGUUAAAGAACCAGGCUCUGGGAGAUCUGGAUGAUGCUAAAAUCAUCGACGGCCUCACUGGCGAAAGGGCCAUAUAUAAACGGCGAGGAGAAUUGGAUCCCGAGCCCGGCACGCCCCAGCAAAAGCCCAAACGUCUGCGAGUGCUCGCCGACGUGUCGGGAAGCAUGUAUCGCUUCAACGGCGUGGACGGCCGCCUGGAACGCUCCAUGGAGGCUGUGUGUAUGGUCAUGGAGGCUCUGGAGAACUAUGAGCACAAGUUCAAGUACGACAUCAUGGGUCACUCGGGCGACGGCUACGACAUCGAACUGGUCCGAGCGGACAAAGUCCCCAAGAACAACAAGCAAAGGCUUAAAGUUCUCAAGACGAUGCACGCCCACUCUCAGUUCUGCAUGAGCGGCGACUAUACGCUGGAGGGCACGGAAGCCAGCAUCAAGGAGCUGGCGCGGGAAGAGGCCGACGAGCAUUUUGUGGUGGUGCUGAGCGACGCCAAUCUGGAGCGCUACGGCAUCCGGCCCGAGCGCUUUGCCCGGGUCCUCACCUCGGACCCCCAGGUCAACGCCUUCGCCAUUUUCAUCGGGUCUCUAGGCGAUCAAGCCGAAAGACUCCAAAAGACCCUACCGGCUGGGAGAUCCUUCAUUGCUAUGGAUACCAAGCAGAUCCCCCAAAUAUUGCAGCAGAUCUUCACAUCCACCCUGCUGUCCACUGUCUGA